AUGGCUCGCAACCAGCAGCUGAGGGUGCUGCACGCACUCGACGUGGCGAGGACGCAGUUGUACCACUUCAUGGCGAUCGGGAUCGCGGGCAUGGGCUUCUUCACCGAUGCCUACGACCUCUUCUCCCUCUCCCUCGUCGUCGACCUCAUCGGCCACAGGUACUACACAGGCGGCCCGAUACCAACCUACAUCUCCAUCUACAUCAACGCAGCCGCCCUCUGCGGUACUGUGCCUGGGCAGCUCGUCUUCGGCUGGCUUGGCGACAAGAUGGGCCGGAAGCGCAUCUAUGGCGUCACUCUUCUCCUCAUGGUCUUCUGCUCCCUCGCCUCCGGCUUCACCUUCGGCAAGAGCACUUACAAAACCGUCGUGAUCACGCUCUGCUUCUUCCGCUUCUGGCUCGGUGGAAGCAUUGGCGGCGACUACCCGCUCUCGGCCACCAUUAUGUCUGAGUAUGCUAACAAGAGGACCCGCGGCGCCUUCAUGUCUGCCGUGUUCGCCAUGCAAGGUUUCGGAAAUGUUGUGGCGGGGCUCGUUGGCAUGAUCACAUCACAAGCCUUCAGGAAAUCAUCGCCAGACAAUAUAGAUUUUGUCUGGCGCAUUGUUCUCAUAUUUGGCGCCGUUCCUGCACUGCUCACCUACUACUGGCGCAUGAAGAUGCCAGAGACAGCACAGUACACGGCCCUCAUAGCCAAGGACGCAAACAUGGCUGCAGCGGACAUGUCCGCAGUCCUCAGCAUGCACAUCGUCCCAGAAGAAGACAAUCUCGGUUGCCACGACCAGUAUGGCCUCUUCUCCUCAGAGUUUCGCCAACGUCAUGGCCUCCAUCUCCUCGGUACCACCGUCUGCUGGUUCGUCCUUGACGUCACCUUCUACUCCCUCAACCUCUGUAUGAAGGACAUCUUUACUACAGUCGGGCUGCUUAAAGGUCAUGAUGAUGAAGUCUGUAAGGUUAAUAUUUGUCAAGUGGCUAGGUAUCACAAAGCCGACGAUCCGUUCCAGCGAACAAUCGACAUCACUGGAGUGCACAUGGCCAUCGCAGCGGGGUGUACAUUGCCAGGAUACUUCUUCGCGGUCGCCUUCAUUGAUCGCAUAGGCCGUGUGAAAAUCCAAUUGCUCGGCUUCACUAUGAUGACAGUCUUUCAGCUCUGCCUUGCCAUCCCCUAUAAUAAAUGGCUAGAAUGCAACAAGAACAAAUAUGGAUUCGCAGUCAUGUAUGGCUCCAUCUUCUUCUUCGCGAACUUUGGGCCAAACACUACGACUUUCAUCUUUCCAGCGGAACUCUUCCCGGCACGGUUGCGCUCCACAUGCCAUGGCAUAUCGGGGGCGGUCGGGAAAAUCGGUGCCAUCUUCGGCGUGUUAGCGUUCUCCUUCCUGAGGUGCCGUUUCAGGAUCUUGUUGUUUGUCCUUGUUGGUUGCAAUCUAGUUGGGAUUGUGUUCACUCUUCUAUUGCCGGAAACUAAGGGAAAAUCUCUUGAGGAGAUUACUGGGGAGAUAGAACAAGGUCAGCCUCUGGAUGAUGCAGCCGCAGUAGUCAAUGCAGCUGAGGGCAUACACGUUGUGCCUGUUUAA